GAGCCCAGGUGGUGUUGUAAAGGCUGUAGCGAACACCUGACCAUGUGGAAUCCCAGUGCCGGGCAGCCAGGGCCAAAUCCAUAUCCCCCUAAUGUCGGGUACCCUGGAGGUUCCAAUCCUGCCUUUCCUCCGGGCCCGUUUCCUACUCCCCUUGGCCCCUUUCCCACUCCCCCAGGAGCUCCCCAGGGGAAUCCAGCUUUCCCCCCAGUCGGGCCCCCUUAUCCUGUGCCACCACCAGCAUAUCCAGGAUACCAACCAUCAGGCCCCUAUCCCCCUCCAUAUCCACCACCUGCCCCUGGCAUGCCUCCUAUUAAUCCCUUGGCUCCUGGCAUGGUAGCACCAGGAAUGGUGACGGACAAGAAGAUUCGGAAGAAAAUGAAGAAAGCUCAAAAAAAGUCGCAGGCGCACCAUAAGCAUGGCAAGCACUCCUCCUCCUCCUCUUCCAGCAGUGACUCUGACUGAAUACAGGGUCUGGACCCUACCUUCAAGUCUCUCCAGUUCUGCUCUUCCAUCAAGCUUCAAUGCCAUCUUGCACUGGGGAAAAUUAGCGAUUGUGCUCCCCUACCCCUCUACCCCAAUCUGAGACUCACUCUGCUGUUCAGCCCUAACUGCUUAGGGGAAAUGGGAAAAGAAUUGCCAUGGGCUAACAAAGGCCAUCUUCACAGUGCUUGGAUAGAGCUUUUAGCUGAUGAGGUUUAAGAACUAUUUUUUGAAGACGGUGAAACCUUUGAGCUAAAUGCUGAAAAUAAGUCUAAAGAUCUAGAAAAUAGGAUUUUUAACUUUCUUUUGUAAUAUUUGUAGUUGGGGAGGUGUUGUGGAAACUUAAUUGUGGGAGAAAAACAAACUACUUUUUUUUUUUAAUUGUGGCAUGCUUGGCCAAUUUAAUGGCAAAUACAUUUCCCUGCAGACCUUUAAUUGAUUGCACUAACUGCAAGGCUGCUGGGAAGUAGAGUCCAUUUGUUGAUGAGUUCUGACUGCCAUUUUGGAAUUUAAUCUCUAUUCUUUAGUUCAGUAUGCUAUUUUUAGGUCCUCCCCACAUUCUCCAAUUCUCAAUCCAAAUAAAGCUGUUUGUCCUGGUCUCUGCA